CUCUCCUCUUCGAUCUUCACCGUCUCUUCCAUUUCCAUUUUUGCCUGUUUUCUUCCAAACUCAGAAAAGCACCUUCCACCAAUCUGGGACAAAUCAGAUCCUUUCUACCACUAUCAUUUCCAUCGUCAAAAACGCUUCAAUCUCUGCCCAUUUUUCCAUCUCUCUCUUCAUAAAUCAUGCUCUUCUCCCUGUUUCUUGCUCGCUGUCGUGUUCUGUGAUAGAUCACUCGACUUCGUGUCGGGAACUAUUUGCUGAUUUUGAAUCUGGAAAGGUGAUUUGUUUCGCCGGAGCCUGUUCGGAGAUCCCAUGGCUAGGACCAGAUCGUCCUCCAGCAAAUGGAGGUUUUGUAACCCAUCGUAUUACCUGAAGAGGCCGAAGCGUUUGGCUUUUCUUUUAGUGACAUUCGUUUGUGUUAGCUUAGUAGUUUGGGACCGGCAGACUCUGCUCAGAGAACAUGAGGACGAGCUUGCUAAGUUAAAUUCUGAGGUGGUACGAUUGAGAAGUCUGAUAGAAGAAGUUAACGAUAAGCCACAGAAUACUAUUGCCAAAGUUCAUGUGGAGGCCAAGAAGGAGGUUGACGAUCCUAUUGAUGCCGAGCGAAGAGAGAAAGUCAAAGAAGCAAUGACUCAUGCCUGGAGUUCCUAUGAGAAGUAUGCUUGGGGACAAGACGAGCUGCAGCCACAAACAAAAGGUGGUAUCAAUAGCUUUGGUGGUCUUGGAGCAACGUUAAUAGAUUCUCUUGAUACGUUGUAUAUCAUGGGUCUCGAUGAGCAAUUCCAAAAAGCUAAAGAGUGGGUUGAGAAGUCUUUGGAUUUCAACAAGAAUUAUGACGCCAGCGUUUUUGAGACAACCAUAAGAGUAGUAGGUGGACUUCUCAGUGCAUAUGAUCUCUCCGGUGACAAAGUGUUUCUUGACAAGGCUAGAGAUAUAGCAGAUAGGUUGCUUCCAGCAUGGGAUACCCCCUCAGGAAUCCCUUAUAACUUCAUAAAUUUGGUUAAUGGAAGACCUCAUAAUCCUUCAUGGACCGGGGGUUUUAGUAUCCUUGCAGAUGCUGGUACGGAGCAGCUUGAGUUCAUUUCUCUAUCACAAAGGACGGGAGAUCCAAAGUACCAGCAAAAGGUUGAGAAUGUUAUAUCACAGCUCAGUAAAAGUUUCCCCGACGAUGGGCUGCUUCCCAUUUACAUUGAUCCAACCGAAGGAAAAGCAUCACAUGCAACGAUAACUUUUGGUGCCAUGGGCGACAGCUUUUAUGAAUACUUGCUCAAAGUGUGGAUACAGGGAAACAAAACUUCUGCUGUAAAACAUUACCGGGAAAUGUGGGAGAAGUCAAUGGAAGGUCUUUCAAGCUUGGUUAGGAAGUCAACCCCAUCAUCUUUCACUUAUAUUUGUGAGAAGAGUGGAGAUUCCCUCACCGACAAGAUGGAUGAACUUGCAUGCUUUGCUCCAGGAAUGAUAGCUUUGGGAUCAUCUGGUUAUGAUUCUGAAGAUUCUAAGAAGUUCUUAACGCUUGCAGAAGAGCUUGCUUGGACGUGCUAUAAUUUCUAUCAGACCACCCCAACAAAAUUAGCUGGAGAGAACUACUUCUUCCACUCUGGAGAGGAUAUGAGCGUUGGUACAUCUUGGAAUAUAAUGAGACCAGAGACAGUAGAAUCAAUCUUUUACCUCUGGCGUCUGACUGGCAACAAGACAUACAAAGAGUGGGGUUGGAACAUAUUUCAAGCAUUCGAAAAGAAUUCCCGGGUGGAAUCGGGUUACGUCGGGCUGAAAGACGUCAACACAGGUGUAAAGGACAACAUGAUGCAAAGUUUCUUCCUUGCAGAGACACUGAAAUAUCUGUAUCUUCUCUUUUCACCAACUUCAGUCAUUCCUUUGGAUGAAUGGGUGUUCAACACAGAAGCUCACCCUCUACGCAUUGUACCCCGGAACGAGGAAGGAGGAUAUCCUGAAAGAUCAGACGAGAAACGCAAGCCAUACAUACGGUUGCGUAGCAGGAAGGAAGGUCGGUCCGAUUGAACACGCGUUUUACUGCAUUCUAAUUCUUGGUAGAGUUGAUUUAUAGACGAAAACCUGAAGCAUCCAUCCUAUAUUAUAUAUAGUGUUAUUGUUAGAUGUUCCUUCUGGGAAUAAUGCUGCGGCUCUCAUAUGAUGAUGAUGCUUAGACGGAAUUUGUUUGUAAAAGAUGUAAUAUUUAGAUAAAUGUUGAUGAAGGAUUUUGUUUUUAUUUGCUUGAGUUGCUUCAACAUCCCAUAGCAGGAAUGAUAUGAGAUUCUUUUUUGUUUGCAU